GUAAAAGUUUUGUUAGGUUUAUUUAUCUGUCUUAUUAGCUUAGUGAUGUUUGUUAUAAAAGAAAGUGUAUGUUUAAGUUGCACAGUAAAUGAUGUGCUAGAUGCCAUUGAUGUUUGGUGCGUAAAACCUCAUGUUUUAAAUAGAAGGCUUGCUGGUUGUGCAUACAUAUUUCAAAGAGAUUUUAAUUGUGUUUACUUGGAUAGUAUAUUGCCCAUUACAGAAUUAAAAUGCUUUAUUAAUGAAACUGUUCUUAAUGAGUUAAAAAGACUUGUGGAGUCCUGUUUUAAAACAAAAGAGUUAUCAGGAAAAUGUAUACUUAGAAAGCUUCUUCCAAAGUGUUUAGAUCGAUAUGAACCGAUAGUUGAAUUUGUUAUAAUCAGCACAGAUUCAUCUUUUUUAAAUGCCUUAUUUGUGCCAUUAUGUGGAGUUGAGGGACAAGAAACCUUUCUUGAGUAUACCUAUUGUUUAGAAUUUAAUCAAGAGGCUGCAAGUUUAUGUUGUUCUACACUUAAUAAAUGUGAUUCAAACUUAUCGUUUUCAAAAGUUUCGUUAACAUCAACAGAUUGGUUGUCAUUUCAUCUUUUACCAAAAAUAAAAGCAUGGUCAUUGGCAGCUAACCAAUCCAGUAUGCCUCUCCGGAAGACUCAAUCACUGUCUCUCAUUGAUGUUGAAGCAUAUACAAAAUUAUACAAUGAGUUAAAAAACAAAUAUGCACCAUAUUUUGUGCAGAUUUGGCCUGAGAGCACAGAUCCUUUGAAAUUUGUGUUUGAAGAUAUUGCUAUAGCCACUUACUUGCUAUUGAUUUGGAAAGAUGAAAGAGACAAACUAUGUUUAAAUAAAAAACAAACGUUUGUUGAUCUUGGUUGCGGAAAUGGGUUGCUUGUGCACAUUUUGUCAAGUGAAGGACAUCCUGGACGGGGAGUUGAUCUUGUAAAACGCAAAAUCUGGAGUUUGUACAGUCAAAAUACAAUUCUUGAAGAAAAUUCACUACAACCAGAUGAACUUAGGGUUGAUGAAGAUUGGAUAAUUGGCAAUCAUUCAGAUGAGCUUACUCCAUGGAUUCCAGUAAUUGCAUUAAGAUCGUCAUAUUCAACAAGAUAUUUUGUGCUUCCAUGCUGUUUUUUCGAUUUUCACAGCAAGUUUCAUCGCGCAGAUCAAAAAUGUUCACAAUAUUUAACAUAUUUAAAAUAUAUAUUUAACAUUGGUAUUGAGUGUGGUUUUAAUGUCAAUCAAGAUAUCUUGAGAAUUCCAUCAACAAAAAGAAUUUGUCAUAUUGGUGGAGUUAGAUCUUAUCCAAUUGAAGAUCAAUCAAAAUGGGAGUUAAAGGCAUUGCAUCUAACAAGAUUUUCUUUGACACCUGAGUUUAUACCUCGCAAAAUAAACAAUGACCCAAUGAAUUGUAGUCAUAUUAAUAAAGAUAUAGUAGAUUUUAUCAAGAACAAAGUUUUUCAAUAUUUGUUAAACUGUUCAGAGUGUUUACCUAAAAUAACUUUCGAUAGUGCACAACUUACUACAAAAGGAUUUUCAUGGAAUGAAUGGAACUCUGGUGGCACUGUUCAUCUAAAUAAUCUCUCGUUUUUGUUUGACUCUGAAAUACUUCAGAGCUUAAAAUCCCAACAUGGUGGUUUACAAACUCUUCUCAAAAAUCAUAGAAAUGUUUUUAAAGUUGUUAAUGGUAAUGUAUCUAUUCGAGAUUAUCGCUGUGUUGAAGAUUUAAAAAGUUCAAAAAAGUCUUUGUCUAAAAAAAAGGAUACAAAAUCUUUUAAGUCCAAACUGUGUUGGUUUUUUAAUGAACAUCCUCAAGGCUGCGUAUUGUCGAGUCAGCAAUGUUCUUAUGCACACGGUGUUGACGACCUAUGUGGAAGUUAGCGUUUUUUAUUACUCGAAGUAAAAGACAUUAUUUCUUCGCUCAAUAAUCAGUUACAAGAUUAAUUGAUUUAAAAUCACUGACGCGUAAUAAAAAGACGAUUAUCUGCACACUUAUUAAGAACAAAUUGAAGACAAGUCGAUAAAGUCGCUUUCAAAAGUUUUUAUACAGAGAAUGGUCUUAAAUAACGUUCUUUCGCAUGAAUAAUAACUCCGCACAAAAAUGUGCUAAAAUACCAUUUCCACAGUGGAUGAUUUUCCACAGUAAAGUUAUUUUAAACAUCAAUUUACUCACAACAAUAAACUAUAUAGGUGUAGGUAUUAAGGGACAUAAAUACACUCAUCCAUUAAUAAUGUUC